AUGGCAACCCAAAACCUCGCCACCUGGACAGUCUCCCUGUCCUAUCCCGACCUCCCAGGGGAAGUAAUCGACGCGGCCGUCCGAAGCUUCUACAACAUAGCCGGGUGCAUAGUAGGCGGCAGUCAACACAUCGCAACAAGCACAGCCCGCAAAGCCCUAUCCCCCUUCGCAGGCCCACCAACCUCCCACCUCCCGGGCACAAGCACCUCCACAGACGCCAUGCACGCAGCCCUCUUCAACGGAAUCGCCUCGCACGUCCACGACUACGAUGACACCCACCUGGACACAGUCAUCCACCCAACGGGGCCGGUAGCAUGUGCCCUCCUCGCCAUCCUCCCGACGCUCCCGCGCCCCGUUUCCGGACCGGAGUUUAUAACCGCUCUGGUGGCCGGUAUCGAAGCCGAGUGUAAGGUUGGCCUGGCCGUUUGGCCGGCGCACUACGAUGUCGGGUGGCAUAUCACGUCGACGACUGGGUCGAUUGGUGCGGCGGUGGCGGUGGCGAAGUUGCUUGCGUUGUCGGCGGAACAGGUCGCGCAUGCGAUUGGUCUGGCUGCUACGCAGGUCACCGGGCUCCGGGAGAUGUUUGGGUCACAUGCGAAGUCGUUCCAUCCCGGGCGAGCGGCGCAGAAUGGGUUGCUUGCCGCUUUGCUUGCGCGGGAGGGGUUUACGAGUUCGGUUCAGGCGUUGGAGGCGAAGAGGGGGUGGGCGAAUGUUGUUUGUGCCGGCGGGAAUCGGAUUGAGGAGGAGGUUGCGGCGCUAGGGGGUAGGGGGCGCUGGGAGACUGUGAGGAAUGCGUUUAAGCCGUUUCCUUGUGGGAUUGUGGUUCAUCCUGUUAUUGACGGGUGUGUUUGGUUGCAUGGGGAGUUGGGGCGGGUUGGGGUUGAUGCGGCGGAUGUUGAGGAGGUUGUUGCGAGUGUGCAUCCGCUUGUUCUGGAGUUGACGGGGAAGACGGCGCCGAAGGAUGGGCUGGAGGCGAAGUUUAGUGUUUAUCAUGGUGGCGCCGUGGGGUUGUUAUUAGGGAAGGCUACGCCGGCGCAGUAUGAGGAUGAUGUUGUACUUGAUACGCGGGUUGUGGCACUGAGGGAUCGGUUCAGGGCGGUUUCUGAUGAGAGUUUGCGGGCUGAUGAGUGUCAUCUCGUUGUGAAGGUGAGGGGAGGGACUACCAUCGAGAAGCAUGUCGACUAUGCCGUGGGUAGCUUGGAGCGCCCCAUGACCAAUGAACAGCUGACAGCAAAGUUCAUUGAGCAGUGUGUUGGGGUUCUAGGAGAAGAGCGGACUGACAAGGCGAGUCAGUGGUGUUGGGCGUUGAAAGAACAGGCCGACGUGGCUCAAAUCAAAGAUGUGCUGUAG